AUGCUGAGACAAAUGCGGCUGCGUUGGAACGGCCACCAGGUGCGCAUGGACGACGAGCGACUACCCAAACGACUCUUCUACGUAGACGUUGCCACGGGCUCUCGCCGCCAAGGAGGCCAAAUUCGUCGAUACAAGGAUACUCUGAAGUCCUCCCUGAAGCUACCGCAAAUCAACCCGACCAACUGGGAAGAGCUCGCCCUCGACCGACCGACCUGGAGGAGGAAAGUGAGGACAGGCGCUGCGAUCUAUGAGGCCAACCGAAUCGCCGUUGCCAAAGUGAAACGCGACGCACGCAAAUCACAGCCACGCCCCGUCCGCAACGUCGACGCACAACCGCUUCCAACGUGUCCUCGGUGUCAACGGACAUUCCGGGCACGAAUUGGACUCAUUGGACACCUUCGGACCAACUGCACCUCCCAUACCGCACCAACCGCCGUCCAUCCGCCCGCCUCUUCCUCGUCCUCUCCGCCGCCAACUAACUCUGACAAUUCUUCUGAACCACCACUUCCGUCCUCCCCCUCUUCCUCCUUCUCCUCCUCCUCCUCUUCCUCCCUCUCCUUCUUUUCCCCCGCCUCUUUCUCCUCCUGCCUCACUGCACCAACCACAGCCGCUCUGGUGGCCGUCACUCACACCAGCAUCACACACAUCCAUGACACAAUAACAGACACCAUCCCUCCAACCUCCGACUCCAGGGGUGAGGACUAGGAUUACACCUGCCCUCACCGGGACUGCACCUUCACCUCACAUAUCGGCCUGGUCAGUCACUUGCGAAUCCAUCGCACAGAGGUUGGCGAACCAGUGCCAGGAGCACCAACCUACACCCACCGCACUCGCCUCCACUGCCCACACUGCCCUCGCACCUUCACGCAUCGCAUGGGCCUAUUCGGCCACAUGCGCAUCCACAAGAGCGGAAUUGACCGCUUUCCCGACUCACCCACCGCGCCAAACCCCAUCCCCACUUCAUCACCCAUUAUCACUUCAUCAUCCAUCACCGUCAUCGCAACUGACACCGACACCACCGACUUCGCCUGCCCACACUGUCCACGCGCAUUCACCUCUCGCCUCGGCCUGGUCGGUCACUUGCGAAUUCAUCGCAUGGAGACUGGCAAACCAGUGCCUGGAGCACCAACCUAUAUCCACCAAGCUCACCUCCACUGCUCACACUGCCCUCGCAAUUUCACGCAUCGCAUGGGCCUACUCGGCCACAUGCGCAUCCACGACGACCUUCGGUAGACAACCGCCGGCUACACCACACCACAACACCCCCCUCCCUGCCUCCACCACCACCACCACACAUCAGCACUCACACACCGCAAGCGCCCAACUGCCAUCUCCCACGCAAGUGGGAAGUGGGCACCUCGACUCGCUCCCCAUGUGGCUUCGGCUGCGCGGGUGACUUGAGUCUGAGACUAUCCAGGCACGUCAAGCGUCGUGGAUAGGAAGGUUGCUGAUUGACGCCCACACUCGGUCCACGCAGUUCGUCCCGUUGUGUGUGUGUGUGUUGUGUGAAGUGGCGGACUGGUGGGCUUAGGACGGGCUGAAACAGCACCUACCACGGCCCUCUCACGCAAGUGAGAGACACGCCGUGCAACCCCCGUUGUGCGAAAUCUUGGUGUAUGUGUGUGUGUAUGGGGGUCAGGUCGUGCACGUGGCGCGCGCAGUCAUGGUCAGUCGAUCAUGCCAGCCACCGCGCCCACUUCCCACUCCAGUCUGCUGACCGACUCGGACAGAGGCUGCGGUGUGGGAAUGGGAAGGGAGAGUGGGGUCGACAACUCAGCGCACUUUCUUCUCACUAUAAACAAUCUGACGCGCUUGAAGCUAUCACGGUGCGCUAAAAGCCGUGGCUUGGAAGGUUGCCAUCUGACGGGAUAACUUGGACCUUCUCCUCCACUGGUGGGGGUCUGAGAGUCAGGCCGCAAUGGCUCCUUAUUAAUAUGACCUUUAUGGCACUCUCACCACAGUGUAGGAUCCGAGCCAGGCGUCGGCGGCACGCCUAGGUGCGGCUUCGGCCGUGCCAGCCUCCAAUCUCGGUUUUUUUGGUUGAAAUCCUGGUUAUUUGUUGUGUGGACUAGGGGGUGUGGUGGAACGCCAAGGUGAGAAUCCGUCCGAGCCAUCCACCUGCGGCCUCCCUCGUCUCCGGUCUUCUUCACUCUGUCUUGACACCGGGCUCAGGCGAGGGAGGAGGAGAGAGUGUAGGUAGAUGCAGCGCAAGUCUACCGGCACUAUAAACCCCUGCGCAAGUCAUCGUCCCUGCUCCCACCGCUGCUGCAGCUGUGGGGCACACGGUGGACAUCAUCGAACUCGAUGGUCGAACUGUCAUGGGAGCUUUUGAAUGUACAUUUUGACCUCCCGUAGACACCGCACUCUGUAACAGUGUACUUAAUUAGAGUGCAGUUUUCGCAUUGAUUUUCGAUGAUCUUAUAUAUUUUAUAAAAACAUGCCCAAAACAUACGUUCUUUUACCUGUUCGGUAGAAAAUCACAUUGUCUUCACAUUUUACGCCCUAAGAAGGAUAAUCAUUCGGUUUUGAAAAAGUUCCUAACUAUGAAAUUUUUGAGGCCGUGCGAUGUCCAUACAUACGGCAUCGCAAAUGUCCGUUUUCCAAUGUUCCUCCUGAAAUGUACAACAAACACCGCAUCCAUUGCAGAAUUUGAUGAACUCUAUAUGGCAUCUUCUUAAAGUCAUCGAUGAAUAUAUGAUUUUCCUUACGCGGAAGGCAUUCAUUUUGUAGACCAAAGCCGCAAAACGAUAGCGCAACGGCUGAACAUGCCCAAAAUCAUUCUUAAGGAUCAAGAUGAAUAUAUUACUUUCCUUAACUUGAGAGCAUACACCUUAUAGACUGAAAUCUGUAAACGCAAAUGCAACGGCUGAUUAAGCUCGAAAUUAGUCACGAAUUGGGGUACCUUUUCGUAACCUAAAUAUACACUUUCUUUGUGCAUAAUAUGUGAGGACAAUGUGAUUCUUUACUGAACAAGUAAAAUAAAGUAUAUUUUGUGCAUGUUUACUAUACACUAUACUUGACUUUAUAAGACCAACAAAAAUUAAUGUGACAAAUGUACGCCAAUUAAACAGUUACUUUUUAAUGAGUGAGGAUUCUACAGGAGGUUGAAAGAAGGCACAUUCAAAAGACGACAUCUGAGCGAGUGCGAAAUAUUAUAGGAUUAGGCCGCAAGUCAAUCAAUAUUACAAUCCCACCUUGGUAAUCCUUCCACAUCGAAAACGCAUUUCAGAAUUGCGGCCAACAUUUUAUGAGAUCGGUCACGCACUGCACUUGGAGCGGUUUCGGAGGUAAUAGGAACUUCGGUUAUUUGUGGUAUGAUUCACCAGCCUCGUUAGUUUCUGGAAGAUUAAAAUAAGGCAAAACAUAAAUGAUAAUUAUUUAUGUUUACCGUCUUGUACCCUGCGUGACUGCUCCUGUGUAAUGCCUUUCCGAUUUACUCCCUAACGGCACGUGACUUUAACAACAACGAGAAGGUUAGUCUGCAGGUCGUCAGAUACCGGAAGUAUCCCCAAGUUGCCGGAGGUCUCGUAUCAGGUCAAGAUUUUUUAAAAAUAGGCUUCAAAUCGAAAAUACCAGACUCUACCGAAUUAGCCGCGCAGCGUCCGCAUUUAUGCACUCCGCUAGUCGAAAUCGUAUCGCAGGGUAUUUCCCUCCUCACUCUCUCUCUCUUUCUUGCUCAUUCUUGAUGAAAAGAAACCCUAAUCGUCCCCUCCCACAGGUUGCCAUUCUUUGAACAAGUUAAUGAUGGCUCCUUUGUAAAGGCUGGCUAAGCAGUGAAAUCCACGUGAAGACAUAGGCACUAGCAGACAUUAGGUGGGAGACGUAGAGAAAAUCACAAUCUGUAAUCUCUUUCGGUUUUAAAACAUGAUAUAGUUAAUGGGGGUUUCCUUUGUCCAAGCAAAUGAGUAAGGCCUUGAAUUGGAGGAACUAAUUGGGGUCCCUGGCCCGCGCCCAAGCUUUUACGCUGACCCUUCUACUUACCCUGAUCCUCAUCUUAACCCCCCAAACUCUAAUCCUAACACUAACCCUCAAAACCCAAACCAACACCCUGAUCCUAAACCUUCUAACCCUAACACUAGUCCCCUAUAAUACGUGGAGUUCACAUCACCAUGCCUAAGCACAAAAUGAUUCAGCUUAGUAAUUAAUUCAUUUAUUCUCCAAGGAUUAGUGGAGUUUAAUAGAUGAAGAUUUCAAAGAAACCAUAUUAGAGAGAGGAGAGUAAAUACAAUGAAUUUUCAUGGAGCUUGCAGAAUCAUUCUAUAGCACAAAUGAGAGUUGCUCUUAAUGAGAAACUGCAAAAUAUUUACCACGAAAUUAUUAGCUGAUAUGAAAGUACAUGGUAGUCAUCUGGUGCCUUUUAGAUUGAUUACUUAAGAAAUCCUGCCUGGACAGUCAGCUGACUGUAUCAGAUUUGAUGGACCCCAUACGUUGCAGGCAACUUGGCCCAAAAGUGAAAAAAAUCCCGGCUCCUAGUAUGGCCUCGUAGUCCGGCCGGGUUUUUCACAGGCAAAAAUAAAAAACCAGCAGCUGUGCAGGGGUUACCAUGAAGGCGUACUUAAGUAAACGAACUGGUGAAACAAAGUCAGUGUCUAAUCAUGCGAAAUGUUGACCGAACUUCUGAAAUACGCCUACGAUUUGGAAGGAUUAAUGAAGUGAGGUUGUAGUACGGAUUAUCGUGCAUCGCUGUAUUAAUGCGCCUCUUCGAUUGUCUGCAAAAAACCAAUCUAUAGAAAUUGCCUUUUUGGUAAUAAGCUUUCUUAACACUGAUGUUCUACGACCUAGAAGCUUAAAUAUAUUUAAUAGAAAACAUACUCAGAAAUAUUCAGAAAGUCACAUCUUCCUAAAAUUUGUAUUCCAAGAAAGAAUACAUUUAGGUUCUGAAAGGCUUGUAAUCACCCGAUUUUAAAGACUGCGAAAGGUCCAUCUAUACAGCAUCUUAUCUGUUGGUUUAUUAAUGCUUCUUUCUAAUUAUGCAUUUUAUUUUAUAUUCAUUGCAGUAUUUCAUACCCCUUAUAUGAUAGUGUCCUAACGGGAUGGAGAAAUAUGUGGUUUCCCUUACACGAAAAGUAUGUAGACUGUAGCUAGGAAACCCUAAAUGCGAGGUAUAUAAGCACAACAGUAUGUCCUAUUCAAAAUUAUUCGGUAAUUUUGAACCUUUCUUCGAAUUAAAAAUUUUAAAAAGGCAUGUUUUUCUACCAAACGAGCACGGAAAAUCAUACUUUUGUCCAUGUUUUCUUUAAUGUAUAUUUAAAUUUAUAGGUACCUUGAAAGCGAAUGUAAAAGAUCGUGCAACCUAUGUAGUUGUACCUACCCAUUGGGUUUUUGCAGACAGCCGAAAAUAAGGGCAUUCAAUACUCAAUCGUAAAUGCACUUAAGAAUUUCAGUCAACAUUGCGUGAGAUAUGUUACGGACUGUGUAAGGCGAAUGACAGUUCGACUGACUUACACUUACCGUUUUCCUGAAAUUAAUUUGGCCAUUGGGCGGAGGCAGAUUUAGUGAACUAGUAUCAUGGCCCGCCUUUGACGCCCCUAGAAAAGCAGGUUAAAGAAGAUAUUCCCUCUGCCUGUCAUCGCGCUAGGUCGCUCUUCUCACUGCUUAAAACAGUCUCAUUGCUUUAAAUAGUCCUAUUGUGUCUGCAUCUUUGUAUUCGGAAACUAAGUUUAUUGUCAAACAAAUUGGGUCAGAUCGCUCGCAAAAUUCUCGGUUUUGGGAGAGCCGAAGGUCUUGAUGUUAGCGGUAUUGUUUCGGAAAGAGCAACUGGUCAGAACACGAUUUAUUAUCCCAUAUUCAUCUUAGCUCUAUUUCCUCACCCAAUGAUGACCGUCCUUCACUGCCCAAAUCGCAGAACUUUGUAAAAAGUCCAAACAAACCUGCCUUUUCUUUUUUAUACAGCAAUGUUAGCGAGCAACUGUGUGGGCAGACCAAACCUCGUCCUUUCGGUUUUCAAGCCGACAUUUUUUUUCUAUUUUAGAACAACAGUAUAAAGAAAUCUUUCAAUGUUCCCUUUAGGCGGGAACAGUUGUUGUGCGCCUGGCACUUAUUCUCCCGCCCCCUGACGAAACGAUGUGUUGUUUUUCGAGUUGGCCCCGAAUCCCGGAGAGGCAGUCUGAUUGUAUCACCUUUGAUUGAACGUCUUAAAGUCUGUCUGAGAGGAAAUGCAACUUAGGCGUCGUCAGCUAAUUUGAUAGGAUGCCCUGAAAAUGCAGUAAGCGAGAUUCCAGUGUUCGGAGAUUAAAUUAAAUCCUCUCAAGUAGACACCCCUUUUCUAUUGCCUUUCCUACUUUUUCUAGUGUCUUCCUAUGCCCUUAUUCAACACCGUGGCAAUGCGUGACUUUUUUAGCUCUCAAAGUCCGCUUAUUUAUCUAAGUCCGUGAACAUCUCAAUGGAGUUUAAUUCUAGGUUAUGAAAGUAGCUGUUUUAAUGCAAAAGAUUCGCGUUUGGAAUUCGUUUUUUAGGCUUUAAAGUGCCAUAUCGACCGACCAACUGCCAAGUGCUACUCCCCUCCUUACUCAUAAUGUUGUCUAAUAAGUUUUAUGGUUUUUUUCAGAUUCAAUUGUUCCCACAAAUUUUUAUGGCAAGCGCUGCAAGAUAUUUGAAGGUAUUUUGCCCUACAAGUGCUUCGUAACCGCUUUCCUGCGGUAUUUAAUAUGUUAAUUUAUAAGGCUUACAUAAUGAAGUGUCAUUUGGAGAAAAACGAGCAUUUGCUACUCGUCUGCUUCUUUUCGAGCCCAGUCAAGGCUUCAGCACCGUCAAAACUCCUCGUGGCAUUUGCGCUGUGGUCCAAGAACUAUGCUAGACCAGAAAAGACAACUCAGUACUGGUUUGGCAAAUUCAAAAAUGGCACGUUCACAAUCAAACAUGCUCCCCCAUUCCGGCUAACACCGAUUAGGAUCGUCGAAAUGCACUGCUGAAUGAAAAUGAUUGACAAGUCUGCAAAUAAUUGUCGGAAAAUUUACUGAAACCAUCGGGUUAUUCUCAAUCACUUGGGUGCCGCUUGUUUUGGCAGAAAACAACAAACAUCGACGCCUUGCUGUUUCUGCCUAUUUAUUUGGGCAGCAAAACGCACCCGUGAAACCGAACAAGGAAUUAGCCGUCGUAUAGCCACUGAAGAUGCGAAAUUGUGCCUUUAGUUCAAUUGGAAAAAGGAAAAGGAUUCGGUGAGCCGCGAUGGGCAAGCAAUAAGCAGACGUAAAAAAUGCUUGCUUUUUGUAACUCGACAUUUUAUUUUCACGUCUAAAAUUAAGAAGGACAAUGGUGACAGUGGCUUUUAAAUUAGAAAAUUUUUCCUUUGAGGAAACCACGAAAACCCAUUGGACAAUAUACCAUAUAAGGAAUCGGUGUUCGUCUCAGUAAAUAAGUAUGGAACCACACUGUCUCGUAGCAUGCCCACCCGUAUAUCGGACCAACAGUCCAUUUUUUAUUUACCUAUCACGUUUUGUCCCUCUGGGUCGUUCUCUAAUGGAACAGUUUUUCUUAUCCUGUUAAUACUCAGUGACUACGCGGGUGAAUAAGUGGUCACGAAAUUUUAUGACGAUAUCAAAUUCUGCGCGUUUGGUCGCCUUUGCUUUUGUUCAAACUUAUUCCACGAAAACAGGGCUUCACUCUCUAGCUAAUACAAAUAUCGUAAAUCAAAAUAAAAAUUCACGCGCAAAUAAAAUAUUUUCUACUUGCAGGUUCGUUGUUGGCAAACACAGAGCGUAAUUUCAUUUUGAUAAGCAUGCCAUUUAAUCCUUACUCUGCUCUCCGGGCAUCUGCAAUCGUCUGUGGUAAUUUUCUUUGCAUAAAAUCAUCAAAAAGCAGUCUAAUCCUUACUUCCCAUAGAUGCUUUGACAAAAAACUUUAUAAUUCUCUUAAGAAUAAUCGAUUUGUUUUGGUUCGUCGGUGGUAAUCUGUGUUUUGCGAAACUUUGUUAUAAAAAAUUCCCUGAUAUUGCUGUUUGAUGGCCACAAUUGAAGUAAAAUGACACUUGAUAGAGGGUUUGCCGGGCGCUGCGGUAUUUUUUAAUCAUAUGCGUGCAAAUUUCAUGUUAAGCCAGGUGUGCGAAUUAAGGACUGCCUUUAAUUUGAGCUUUCCGGGCUUUUAGAUACAGUGUGUGGUCUAUCUCAUGAAAUAUUGGCCAAAAUUCUGAAAUGCGGUUUCGAUUAGGAAGAAUUACUUAAGCGCGGUUGUAAUAAUUAUUAUCUUGCGACACAAUCCUAUAAUAUUUCGGAAUUGGUAGGAUGUUAGUUUUUGAAUGCACUGCUUUUCAAUGCCUUUAAAAACCGUACUUGAUAAAAAGUGACUACUUAAGUAGCAUGCAUUUUCAGUUUGAUUUUCGAAGGCCUCGCAAUUUCAAAUAUAUUUUAUAGAAUGCACGAACGAAAAUAGGCUUUCUUCAGUCGUUUGAUAGAUAAUCACGUCCUCUUUACAGUUAGUUUUCGAAAAGGGCGCAUAAUUAGGUUUUAAAAAGUUUCUAAUUAUGAGAUUUGUAGGACCGUGCAAUGUUCAUUCAUACAGUAUUGUACCUCCCCGUUUACCAUUGCUUCUCGUGAAAUGUACAACAUGGUCCGCAUCCAUUGCGAAAUUUUAUGAACUCCAUAUAGUAUCUUUUUAAGGCAUAGAUUAAUGUAAUUUUCUUUACGCGGAACUCAUGCGCCCUGCAGAAUGAAACCACUAGGCGCUAAUGUAACGGCUGAUUAGGCUCCCACUUAUUCGGGAAUUAGAAAACUUCUUUUAAAACUUAAUAAUAAGCCAUCUUCGAGUAUAAAGUGUAAAGAGGACGUGAUUCUCUAACAAACGACUGAAAGAGAGCCCAUUUUUGUUCAUGCAUUCUAUAAAAUAUAUUUGAAUUUUGCGAGACCUUCGAAAAUCAAGCUGAACAUGCAUGCUACUUAAGUAGUCACUUUUUAUCAAGUACGGUUUUUAAAAGAGAUUGAAAAGCAAUGCAUUCAAAAGCUUACAUUCUACCAAUUCCGAAAUAUUAUAGGAUUUUUCCGCAGGAUCAUCAGUAUUACAACCGCGCUUAAGUAAUUCUUCCUAAAUGAAACCGCAUUUCAGGAUUUUGGCCAACAUUUCAUGAACUCGGUCACUCACUGAAUGCAGUUUUAAGACAUGAAUGCUGAAAAAAGGCUGCAAAAAACGUGUUUACAAUCCAACAUUCCUCAUGGAAGUUUAAACAGUGCGCAUUAAACAAAAUCAUUGAGCAAAUAUAGGCUACUAAACAUAUCAGUUUUAUUUGAAAAAGUGGCUAUGUCGCUAGUGUAACUAUCGACUCAGAGCCAUGAUGACUAUGAUGGCCUUUGGAUUUAUCAGUAAGGAGCUUUCGUCAGUCCAUAUUUUUCCCUAUUAAAAUCUCUUUGAGACAUUUGACUUAAUGAUUUCCCACGCCUAUCGGAAAACUCAAAUGUGCAUUAAAUUUGCAGUCGCUAUGCCUAAAAGACAGUUAUUUGACUUCCACAAACAACUCCACUCGCGCUCCGGAUGCACGCUGCGAUGGCGAAGGCUGCGUCUUCCAAGCAAAGGUUAUGCUGCCUCUUUCGGUGUUUUACAACAGCUGCGUUGCAUAUCCACCCAAAAGGCGGUCAUCCCGACUAGCUGACAGUUAAUUCCCCGGGUGUGUGAAGUUGGAACCUAGGCGAUAAUUGCAACCCCUAGACACAUCAACCGUUUUCCGAGAAGGGAAACCAAUAGAGACUUAUUUGACCUCUCAAUGUUGAUGUCAGAGAGAGAGGCGUCUGUCAGCUUUCGUUUGGUCCGAGGGCAGCCCAAUCCUAGCCGCCCUUGCUAUCUGUCCGAACCUUCCGCUAAUUGCAGUCCUCUCUCUCUGUGAUUCUCUCAGACACCCCAACUUAUGCUUCCUGUCUCUUCAUAAAUGACGAAACAGAAAAAUCAGACGGAGCCCCUGCAACGCCAGGGCAGUCCCAGGAACCCUACUAUUCGCAGCUGCCAACGGGGACUUUUUAACCGUUGCACAAAUCGGGGACUUCCCAAAUUAGGAUGCGCUGGGAAAAGGCCAAAGUACAGGGAUGAAAUAAAUUAAGAAGGGGAGGGUUAGGGUCAACUUAUCAUCUGGGGUUUUCCACAGGGUCAGCAAGCGCUGACGGCGGACAAAUUAUAAACCUACAGGGUGGAAGAUGCGGCCAUUAGGUUGGGUCUUCCGGAUCCGCUUCGGGGAUUUACGGCCAUCUGAAUUGCUUCCAUUUUUUACGAAAGGCAAAAAGUUCUUUUCUGCCACAGCGGGUCCACACACACAGGUCAUUUUGACAGUCACAAGUGAUGACAUCCGUCGAAGGCCCCACAGAGUACAGGUGAUCUGCGCGUUAAUUUAUUUGCAGUCAAGCGGACAUUCAUCGUUUCCUCCCCACUUCCUCCUCUCUCUCUUUCACACUCGCCCUGGUUGUGGGCGCGGUCUCUGAUAAAGUUAAACAGUCCGACUACGCGACAUGUUUCCAACUUUACGCGCACUAGACUGUAACACGCACCGGCGACCGUAUUUUUUAGGUUUCGAUGUGACAGAGCAUUCUAAUCAGUACUCUGUUCGGCCUCUAUGGAAACGCCAUGGAUAUACAGUAAGUGGGCUAACUCAUGAAAUCCACCGAAAUUCCGAAAUGCGAUGUCGUUUCGAAAAGAUUAAUUAAGUAGGGUUGUAAAACUAGUCAUCUUGCAGCAUAAUUCUAUCAAAAUUUAGCUUCCAUAAAAUGCCAGCUAUCGAAUGAACUUCCUUCCGGCUGCAUUCAAUAACCAUACUCCGUAAAAAUAAUUACUUAAGCAGCAUGCAUUUUUCAUCGAUUUUCGAUGCCCUUAAAGAUUCAAUUAUAUCUCUUGGAAAACAUACGUAAAAAUACUCAUUCUUGUGUUCGUUCGGUAGAUGAUUAUGUCUUCUUCCAAUUUUUACUCAAAGGAAAGAUAUGAUUUGGUAAUAUAAAAUAUGCAAUUCCCGAAUAAUUUUGAACUCGACCUGCCGUUUCACCUGGAUUCAGGGUUUCCAUUCUACAAGCCGUAUAUUUUCCGCGUACGGAAAACCACACAUUUCUCUACGGUAAUAAAGGCGGAUCAUAUGGGAUUCAUAAAAUUUAACAGUAGAUUUGAUCCACAGAACUUUACAAGCCGCAUGGAUGAAUGCAGAGACAUGACGCAUUAUGAAGGGCCAUUUCACGAUAUUAAAAAAUCUCACAAUUAGAAACUUUUUAAAACCGAACUACAACCUUACUUUGAGUAUAAAAUUGGAGGAAAAUGUAAUUUUCUACCGAAUGAGCAAAAUAAUGAAUAUUUUUAUACAUGUUUCCCAUGAGAUGUAAUUGAAUCUUUAAGGGCAUCGAAAAUCAACGAGAAGAAUUCAUUCUCGCACAUGACAGACUACCUUCAAAAAUCCAAAGGUUUACUGGAGGACCGACAGUUCUAUGUCCCAUGUGCAACGAACCCUUUAAAGGCGCUGACACGCGAAAUUAAUGCUACGUUGUUGGCCUUGGAGAACUCAGGUGCAAUAACACCGACCGACAGACGCAUGGCAAGACCCCAAGAUACGGCUUUGGCCCGAUUCUAUGGCCUCCCUAAGGUGCACAAAGACGGCGCUACUCUCCGACCCAUCGUGUCGCUCAAAGGUACUCCAAGGUACGGACUGGCUAAGUGGAUGUUCCGGCGUCUCAAGUUCCUGACCGCUGAGUCAAACACCACGGUCUCUUCCUCAGCACAAUUCCUGGAAAAACUCAAAGGGGUAAGCCUCCAUCCAAAUGAGGUCAUGGUAUUUUUUGAUGUUACAUCCCUUUUUACUUUUAUUCCCCAGGACCUGGCGAUCGAGACAAUUGAAGUGCUACUAUAAAGCAAAUACGAUGAAACGGAGAACCGUCUUGGACACGCCCAAGUCCUUCAGCUCCUGAGGUUCUGUCACAGGACGUACUUCACGUUCGACGGGACAAUCUACGAACAGGUGAAGGGCACACCAAUGGGUUCGCCAAUUUCGGGAUUCAUCGCCGAGGCGGUCCUACAACGGUUAGAGUCGCUGGUCUUCCAACAGCACAGACCGAAAUUCUGGGCCCGGUAUGUGGAUGAAACCUUCGUCAUCAUCGAACGGAAUCAGGUGUUGACAUUCCAAGAACAUCUCAACGCCGUCUUCCCGGACAUUCAAUUUACGAUGGAGGAGGAAGAGAACAACCAGCUGGCCUUCCUGGAUGUCCUCGUAUGCCGCAAGGAUUGUGGUGGACUAAAGACCAAAGUGUUCAGGAAAGCGACAAAUGCGAUGUAA